AUGGCUACAACACUAUAUACACCUUUUAAUGAAAUAUUUACUACCGAAAUUGAAAAAACUAAUAGAACACGAACUGACAGUUCAAAGAUUACACCAACAAUAAAAAAUCCAUUAACAAAAGAAAAUAUACCGGAACUACAAGAAUCUAUCACUUCUAGUAUAACACAUGUGGACCCAUUAUAUGAGAUUCAAGAUUUUAAUACUGAAACAAUGUAUUCACAAGGCUCUAGUUCUUCAAGCCAGUAUUUUGUUGGAUCAGAUUUUUUAUCUGAUGAAUUGAACUUAG